AUGUUUUAUGAAGCAUUUUUAGCCGGCAUAUGGGCUUCAGUCGGUAGUACUUUCGGAAAACUAUCAGGAACCGCCAGUAUUGUAGGUGAUAGUUAUAUCAUAUGGGGGGCGUUACUGGUGACUAUGGUGCUGGCCAACACGUGGGGCUGCCGACAUUAUCUCCGCUCACUUGACGCCGCCACCAACUCCGCAGCACCCACCGUCAUAUCUGCCGGCUCCAGUUAUGUGCUAUCGGGUGUGAUAGGUAUAACGCUGUUUGAAGAAGCUUCGUCCAUGACAUGGUGGGCUGGCGCAAUGUUGAUCGUAUUCGGACUGGCCUUGGUUGCUCAGCCGAGGACGAAGAAAAAAGAACAAUGA